GCCAGCCCACUAAAGCACAAAACAAAAACACAUUCCGCUCUUUUCUAUGAUUGUAACAGAGAAAUAGAUAUCAGGCGUUGUUAGUUUAUUUUUUUUGCAUUAUUAUUAUUUUGUAGUUUAGCGUCAGGGGAGAAAAUGCACAUUUUAUUACAGCCUGGGAGAAUGCAGCGGAUGGAAGCUUUGAAGUUAUCCUGUGUAGCGCUGGUGAUGUUUUUGGCCUGUCCAGCCUCUUCCAUGGACGUGUUAGUGCCACAACAGAUCAAUGCUCUAAACGGCACUAAGAUCAAAAUUCCCUGUUCCUUCACAUCAUGCUACAAACUGGACCCCAGCAAGUUUGCCAUGAACUGGACCUAUCAAGAGACAAGCAACAGCACAGAAGAGAUGUUUAUGACUUACAAGAACAAGGUACUACCCCUGAAGUCCAACCGAUUUGGAGACCGGGUCGUGUUUACUGGAAAUCUGGAGAAGAACGAUCUGUCCAUAACUAUCUUGGAUGUGCAGCUAACUGAUGAAGGAAUCUACAACUGUUAUGUGCGCAACCCCCCAGACCGCAUUCUGGGUCACGGUGUCAUCCAGUUCUUUGUCCUUACUGAAUUGCCUCCUCCGAGAGAUUCGACCAUCGCUGUUGCCAUUGGAGCAUCUGUGGGAGGCAUUCUUGCUUUGCUGAUUCUGUCUAUGGUGGUGGUGAAGUGCAUUCGCAGACAUAAGAACCAGGAGCUGAUCUCAGACGAGCAGAAGAUGGAGGAAGAGGGCAAAGUAGACGGAGAAGGAGGGACAGAAGAAGCCACAAAACAGCCCUAACCCUACUGCUACGUCCUGAAGGCCUAAGGGUUGGUGGAGCCCUAUCAUUCCCAUUCUGAAAUGUAUGAAUCUCCCGCCUGAAGAUGCUGUGUUAAUCGUGUUUGACUCUUCGUCCUGUAACUCAUCUAACAUUCCAAAGGCUUGAUUUUCUUGUACAGCCAUCAAACAUGUCAUAUUACUGUGGGAAGAUCCCUGUCACAGUAUCAUGGUGUCCAAUCACCAUUGAAAAAUUACAACGGGUUGCAAAUUGCCUCUUUCGCUCAAUAUGACGGGUUAAGAUGUAACAGCAUUUUCCCUUCAACUACUGCCAGUGGAUUAGCCAUCCAGUAUUUAUGCUGAGCAUUUUUAUAGCGAGUUUACAAAAGUAUUAUUAAAAGUGGACAAAGCACGCAAAAUUCUCUUUACAACUGCCAAAGUAUUUUUACCCUUAUGAUGUUUGUAAGUUUUGACAAUUUCUUGAAAAAUUGCUGCAACCUGGUCUCAUAGGAAAUACGGACCUCUGAACACUUUUGCAGCGCCACAAAAUAUGGACCAUCAGGUACAUAUUGCAACCUGGUAUCACAAUUUGAAACAACAAUAACGGUAACAACACCAUAUUAUAUUAGAUUUUGGUGUAAUGAUUUUGAAUUUAAUCAGACGUCGGCUUUUGUGUGUACGUUGCGUUUAUUAUUUAGUGCAUACGAUUAACUCAUAUUCAAGCACGUAACCCGACCCCGCCCCUAAACCUAAAAGUUUAAAUAUUACACAAUGUAAAACAUAACACCAAGAAACAACAACGUAUGCUACUUAUUCAAAAAGUGCGUAAGAUAUGUAAUGAAACGCCAUUGGCUGUCCCGCUCCGAUUGCAUCACAUGCUAACCUUGAGCGUACACUUAAAAAAAAACGCAACUGAGUGUAUUCCUGGAGUGCGAUCGUCAGAGAUUAAAACCUGCUGUGCUCACACAACAAUAUUGUACGGCUUUAGAAGACUCUAGAAGACUCUUUUCUAGAAACGCAACUCAACCUGUUUGUAAUGCUUUUAUACUGGUUUGGUCAGUGUUAGCAAUAAAUAACCGUGUCUGACUUCUACUUCAUUUUUGCGUGUUUAUGUGGUUGGGUUAGGGUAGGAGUGGGGUUAGGUGCUCGAAAAUAUCAAUUAAAUUACUUAUAAUUACAAAAAUUAAAUAGAGCCAAAUCGUGAAACUGACAUGCAUUCUGUAACAGACCAUUAGCGCCCGCAGUGGACUUUUGUGUCUCAAAACUAGCAAUAUGUACCUGGUUGUACGUAUUUUGUGCCGCUGGUAUGUAUUUCAAAUGAGACCAGGCUGGAAUAAACACUGCCCUUAACUUUCUCUUUGUGCGUGUGUGCAUGUGUGCCUUCUCAUUGCGCUAGCUUUCUCCUAUUGCGUCUGAAUGUUGAUACUUUUUCAUAAUCCAGCAGGCGAAACAGCACAAGAUUUAGCAGUUUUAUGUCUGGAACAUGUUCAAUGUUCCAAAACUGCAUUUUGCUAGUUUUAAAAUAAGCUAGAGCAUGUCGUUCAUCAAAACAUAUACAAUCAUUGCAUGCCAAUAUUUUCUUUGUGAUGCAUAUACACUGCAACGUGAUCCCUCAGUUUGCACAAUAUACAAAAAAAUGCUUUCACACAUAAAUAUUGUCAUGUCAGGUGCAAAGUGUGAAAAAUGUAAUGUUCAGGUGGAUUCUUGUGUUUAUAGAUAAAAACCAAAAGAGAAAUGUUUUUGCAUAUAUUGACAGUGUUUGAUAUGUUUGUAGUAGUGUGAAAUUUAAAACAUGUUGAUUUAUUGUAUCCAGAUAUGUUGAACGUAUUAGAUGUAACAUUUAGAAUCGCACUUCAUCCGAUAAUCAAAUUUAACAAUCAAAUCAAUAAUAAAUACAAUCAAAAAAUAAUAAUAAUCUGCUAUAAAAGAAGGAAGACAUUUUUGAAAUGUAAUAAGAAAUGUGUGCAAAUGACUAAGUCAAUGGGCCCUAUCGUACUCCUGGCGCAAUGCAGUGCAAGUCGCAACGCAAGUGUUUUUGCUAGUUUCAGCCCGACGCAGUUCUCAUUUUCCCAUGUUUUCAGGCGCCAUUGUUUUUCGCGUUGCUAUUCUGAAGAACUGAAAAUAGACUGCGCAAUAGACCAAUUCAAACCUAGUCAAUGGUGCAAUAUUUAUUUUGUUUAAAAAAAGAGCACAUUAGUAAAAAAUAUGCCUCUGGGCGGGUCCAGAACAUGCUUUCACUUUAUACUUACUACACAGAGGUAAGCGCAGCGGCACACAAACAUGCAACGUAUAAGAAAUAAACGGAUUACAAUGUUUUAGCUCUUGCGAAUUCCGCCGUUGCGUGUGCAACUGUCUCUUAAAGGGCAUGAAAGAUGACACAUUUAUUGGUUUAUUGCACGUUACGCCCCAAGAGAAUCAGGACAACCCGUUCAGAGCAUGUGCACUGGGGCGCUGACCGUUUGCAAGUCGUUAAACUAGCAAAAGUGGAUUCGGAUACUCUUUGUGUGCACUUGGGCCCUGCACUUCAGAUCAUGCGCUUAGAUCGUGAAAAAAGGGCCCAAUGUGUUAAUAUAGUGUAUGGAAUGUAUACUGUAGCCCCAAAGUGAAUAUUUAACCUACACACAAAAUAAAUACAUUUAAUGUAUGAGUAACAAAGAUUCAAUUAGAUAACAAAAAUAAGUUUAGUAUAGUCGCAGUCUUUCCAAAACCUUGUCCCUCCAUAUAUUUGUAUUUUAAAUAAAUCAUUAUUAUUCAUCAUGUUUAUUUUGUGGGUUUUUAAAUAUCUAACCAAUAAAAAGCAUUCAAAUGUGCUUAUAAAUGGUUUUUACAUUUCCUGAAAAAAAAUGGACACACAGGGUUUCGUAUGGACAGCGACGAUUUGCUAUUUUCACUUUCUUUCAAUGGCUGGUGCUAAAAUAUAUUUAUUUUUAUUUUAACUUGCUGAAUUCAGGUCUCUGUGAGAAAUAGCAGAGUAACUGCAUGGGCAUUAAACAGAUUACAGAAAACAGUAAUGUAGGCGAAUUUCUACGUAUGAAACGCAAAUGGAAAAUGCAAACACUAUUGAUAAUCACUUUAAAUUCACUCAGACUAAAAAUAAUCAUCUCCCAGUUUUAUUUGGAACAUACUGGCAAUCAUUCUUUGAGUGUGGUACAAACAGAGAUUGUGAACUCAGUUUUGGUGUGUUAGAAGUUGUCACAUUCUAGGUGUUUUAUAAAUUAUUUGAUUCCAUACAAUCUGCUAUGUCUAAGUAUUCGUUCAGCCAUCAUCUACAGGGUAACAGUAUCAUAUUACAGCAAAUGUGAGAAUGUUUUAAAUAUUUUACUAACAAAUUACUAUAUUCUGUCUAUAGACGGUAUGAAGUAGCAAUGUAUACUAAGUCUCACAUAAAACGUUCUGUAUAUUUAAACAUAAGCAGGCCGGUAUUAUAAAGGUGUGGGUUAGAACACUUCCAUUGAGCUCAGUAGCAACUCGUUUUUCUUUGUGCUGCCAAAAAAAGAACAAUGAAUAUACAGUGCUAACUUGUGUCAUUCAUGAUUUGUUGUUUUGUUUCCAAUAUUAGUUUUUUUAAUUUCAAGAUCAUUCCUUUGAUUUGAUUCCUUUGGUUUGCUAUACAGGCCACACCAUUUGUUCUAGUUAUGUGAAAAAUGGCUCAUAUCAUGUGACUUACUGAGAAUAAGGGUGCACAUAGCCCGGCAUAAGAUAACAUCCCAAAGACUAACAUCGUAAAUGUGAUCGUACUGAUCAUAGUCUUGGAGGUUGGCUCUUUGGCCUUAGCAAGCAGCUAUUCAAACACCCUAGUAACGAAUAAGUCAUGGCCUAGCAACCAGCCAGAGCACCGUAGCAACCAAUUUUAUAGAACUUUGUAAAGUCAUAUGGGUGAUGAUCUUUCAAUCCUGAAAUGGCCAUAUCUCAGCAAUACAAGAUCAUGGAGAUAUGUUGAGGGCUCUUAUGACUUUAGACAGUCUUCUUUGGGCCACUAUGAGCAUUAUGAAAAUAUCAUAGAGACAUGGUGAUGGUCUCAAGCACCACUUUUGAUUUUUUAUUAAAAUUGCAUUUCAAUAUUUGAAAAACAUUUUUUUUUAUAUUGACAACUUCAUACUCUAACAUGUACUGAACAUACUUUAAGCACGUAAUGCCAUGGCAAUAUCAUAUUUUUUGAACACCAUGGUACUUCAACAGUAUUUUUUUUGUAAAGGAAUGUAUUCCUUUUAUUAAAUGCUAUGACAUUUAAUUGUGCACCAUUAUUGAUUUUGUCAAAUUAUGUUAUUAAUUAUGUUAUUAAACAAAUGACACACUAAGGUUACAAUGUAAUGGUACGCAUGAUGUUGUGUCAAGAAAUUAAACAUUACUUUGCACUGCCAUGAGGUUGAUGUUAUAUUGAAAAUGAAAUAUAUACUGACAGAAAUAUGAUGUAACCAUGAAAAUUAUACUGUUAUAUUGUGUUGCCUUGAUGUUUUGUUUACUUAUUUGCAUAUUCAUCUUUACAACGAACUCAUGAAUAUAAUGUUCCUAUGGACAUAAAGGAAAGCAGCGUGUCAGCGAGGCUGGUUGGAAUGGUUUGGGGACCAGUUUUUCAUCAUGCAUGCCUCUGUUUCAGUGUUUAAAACAUAUGCUUGCACUGCACCAAUUUAUGAGCUGCCUCAUUGAUCUCUUUUUUCAAUAAAAGUCAAGAAAAAAUGA